GUUUAUUUUAAACACAAUAAGCUGUAAAAGUGUCGGUUGUGUGCAAAAAUUAUGAAAAUUAUAAACAACAAAUACUUAUAUCAAUAUCUGGCUGCAUUCACAGGAUGUCUGAGUAUUAUGUCAACUGGUAUGCACUAUGGGUGGGCUUCACCAUCUUUACCCUUUCUACAGUCACCCAAUUCACCAGUGCCCAUAACCAGUGAUCAGGGCUCUUUGAUCCUGUCCAUGCACGAAUAUGGUAACAUUUUGGGGUGUUGCCUAGGAAUUGUAAUCGUGGACAGGAUUGGAAGGAAGUACUCCAUCCUCCUCACCUCACCACUGUACUUCAUCGGUUGGAUCAUGCUGGCCCAAUUCGUCUCAUUCCCUCUUUUAUUGUCUGCCAAGUUCCUUGCUGGUUUAACUGGAGGAAUCUUAUACACAGUCGCCCCCAUGUACCUAGGGGAGAUUGCCCACCCUCAAAUAAGAGGCGUCUUAAGUUCCCUCCUCCAAGUAAUGUACAUUUUCGGCCAGUUAACGUUCAACGCCUUCGGAAACCUUUUAGGAACGGACGUGGCCGCCUACAUAGCAGCAGUUGUGCCAGUUUUGCAAGUUGCAACCUUCGUCUUCAUGCCGGAGAGCCCCUACUAUCUGAUAAUGAAAAACAGGCACACAGACGCACGGAAUAACUUGCGUAAACUCAACAAGGGGGCCGAAAUUGACGACACCUUUAAAACAAUGGUUAGCUCAAUCGAAGAAGAAAGCUCCUCCAAGGUGGGCUUGUUUGAAAUCGUCACCGACUCAGCAAAUAGGAAGGCAGUGUUCAUCACCUUCGGCCUGAGGUUCUUCCAACAGGCCACAGGAAUAACAGCCAUGAAUUUUUAUGUGAAGAUCAUUUUUAUUGACGUAAACGCCGGUUUGUCCCCGACUACAAUCUCCAACAUAUUUUUUUUGUUGCAAUUAGUUAUGUGCUUCCUAACUAUAACAAUGAUCGACAAAGCGGGACGUAAACCUUUGAUGAUAUUUUCCUUCAUUGGAACUGCAAUUGCCAACUUAGUUUUGAGUAUUUAUUUCUACUGUAACAAUUAUAUAGAUUUUAGUGACACUUACUACAAGUUUAUACCUGUGCUGGCUAUUUUAGUAUACGUGGUAAUUUAUAAUAUUGGUCUAGCUGCCACUCCAAUGGUUUUAUUGGGUGAAUUCUUUAACACCAGGGUUAAAGCAGUGGCGAUGGCUUUCGCAGACAUAUUUUUUUCCGUUCUAAUUAUAUUUGUGUCUUGGUUCUUUCAAUAUACUAAAGACUAUAUUGGUAUUUACAUCCCUUUUGGAGCCUUUUCGAUAUUCGGUUUAAUUGGUUUGUUAUUUGUGUAUUACUGUAUUCCUGAAACUAAAGGACUGAGUCUAGAAGAAAUUCAGUUGUAUUUAAAAGGAAUUAAGAAGAAUGAUGUUCAUUAAAAAUGUUAAUUAUAUGUUGUUUUAGAUUU